AACCUGCUCGCCGCACACCGUCGCGGCACACCGUCGCACUGUGGUUUAUCAGCGGAAAAAAUUCCAGCUUACGAAUGAUAUCACAAAAAUGUAUCGCCAGGUAGCAGUUCACAAGGAUGAUUGGGAUCUCCAGCAAAUUCUUUGGAUCGAUGAAGACCGCAAUGUCAUCCCUUACCAGUUCACAACUGUCACGUAUGGCACAAAGGCGGUUCCCUUCCUGGCGACACGAGCACUCAUGCAACUUGUUCACGAUGAGGGUCAUCGAUUCCCUCUGGCAACGCCUUCGCUCACACAUGGCAGAUAUGUGUACGAUAUCUUUGGAUGAGCAGACUCAAUAUCGGAACUUGUGGAGGUCGCUCAACAGCUGAUUGCAUUGUGCAACGCGGGCGGAUUUCCACUCGCAAAAUGGCAUGCGACUCACCCAGAUCUUCUACGGGCUGUUUCGUCAUCCACACAAUCGUCAGCUCCCAUAUCAUUUGACGACUGCACUACCAAAUUACUCGGAAUUCAAUGGAUGCCUCAAAAUGACGCAUUCGGCUUCUCAUCAACCUUGACUGAUCAACCAAUAAUAGUACGAGCAAAAAUGCUAUUACAAGAACUCUGGCUACACAAAAUCAAUUGGGACGACCCAUUACCGUCUCAAAUUGUAUCACGAUGGUUCAUCAUCAGAGAAGAUCUCAAAGGUAUGGCCAAACUGACAAUUCCAGGAUGGUUCAACACAUGGAACAAUUCAACUGUAGAAAUUCAUGGAUUCGCUGAUGCUUCUCAACUUGUGGCCAGAGCAAAAGGAAUUCUCAACUAUAACCAGCGAGCUCGAAGUGAGACCCAAUGUCUCACUCUUUGCUUCAGCUCAAAAGCUAAGUUAUCAUUGAGAUCUCAUUUAUAAAUAUUCAUCUCUUAUUAAGCUGUAUAGACUGACUGCACUUUGUUUCAGGUUUGCCUCACGGCUUAAGAGAAAGCUCGAAACUCCUCCUGUGACCAUCAUACCAUCCUGCGACAUGGAGAAGACGCAGCUCUUCUGAAUUCACGCGACUCAACACUUGUAUUUCACCAGCGAAAUCAAGAUGCUCAAUUCAGGCUCAACCCUGCCUGCAACUCACCCUUUCAGUCGCCUCACCGCCUUCUUCGAUUCGCAGGGAACAAUACGAGUAGGAGGGAGACUCACCAAUACAGCGCUCAGCAGGGAUGAAAAACAUCCAGCGAUCCUCCCACGGGACGCUCACCUGUCGAAGAUCAUCAUAGAAGAUGCUCACAAGCGAAUAUUUCACGGGGGAAAGCCGCUCACACUCGCAUAUAUUCGACAACGGUGUUGGAUCAUCGGUGGCAGAGCUCCUGUAAAAUCUCACAUCUUGAGAUGCGUCGUGUGUGCUCGUCAGAGGGGGAUUCGUACUCGUCAGAUGAUGGGUCAACUACCUCUCUCUCGAGUCACACCAUCACGACCACUACGGGCCACUAUAGUGGCUUUCCACAAGAUGCCACUGAGGUACUACGGGCCACUAUAGUGGCUCUCCGCAAGAUGCCACUGAGGUACUACGGGCCACUAUAGUGGCUCUCCGCAAGAUGCCACUGAGGUACUACGGGCCACUGUAGUGGCUCUCCAUAAUGCCACUGAUGGUAUUGCGGCCAACCGUUUUGAAUAAGCAUCUGAAUCUGAGUAUGCACUGAUAGUGGUUUUUUUGCAUCAUUUGUUGUUGCAAAAGGAUAAUUCACCUGCGCGAAUAGGUAUAAUAAUAUAAAUAAUAUAAAAUAGGUAUGCCUUAUCGUUUUUCAAUUUUUUUUAACUUUAUUUAGAUUAAUUAUUAUUUUUAAUUAUUAUUUCUGAAUAGAUUUUAUCUCGCCCCUAAAAUGACGACAAAUAACAGAAAAAGACUUAUUGACGAAAACAACAAUUAUUCGGAUCUGUCAGAAGGUGACGAGAUAAAUUCAAAUUUGGCAAGAGAGAAACCUCAUAGAAAUAGUAAAAGAUUUCGAGAAAUGAGAUCCCGCACAUCCGAAUACGGAGAAGACGGUUCAUCUAAAUCCGAAAAAGAUCUCACAGACAUUAGAUGGGCCAGCGACUUAUUCCGAUCGACUUUCCAUAAAUUCAAUUCCCAGCAUUCCGGAAUAAAGGCGUCAAUUAGGUAUUCGGCAUGGAUUUUAGAUUAUUUUCAAUUGUUCUGUUCUGAAGAUUUUAUAAACUUCAUUGUCGGCACGACAAACAGUUACUGCAGUAGCCUAGAUAAGAAUUAUAAUACAAUAAAUUUACAAAAUACUUCUCUCCCAGAGAUGUAUUGCUUUCCUGCCCUCAAAUUAUUGAUGUCGCGAAAUAAAAAACUAAAAUAUUCUGAAUACUGGUCUAACGACAAACUUUUGAGGAGCAACAUUUUUGGAGAGGUGAUGAGUAGAGAUCGGUUUUUAUAUUUACUAAAAAUUUUACAUUUUAAUACGAACAUUGUGACUGCAGAUGUUGAUAAAUUAUAUAAAAUAAGGGAAAGUUGUGAUAAGCUACGACAACGUUUUCAGGAGGCAUUUUAUCCUUUUCAAAUUUUAUGUAUUGACGAAAGCUUACUCCUGUACAAAGGAAGGUUAUCAUUUAAGCAAUAUAUACCCUCUAAAAGAAACAGAUUUGGAAUAAAAUCAUUUGUUUUAUGCGAUACCAAAUCUGGAUUUGUGCAGGAUUUCAUUAUUUAUAAUGGCUCAUUAACCACUGUAAACUGCGUAAAUGAAUUUAUUGGGAAGUCAGGAAACAUAGUAAUGGAAUUACUAAAACCUUAUUUAGGCAAAGGCCAUACGUUAUACGUAGACAAUUGGUAUACAAGCCCCACACUUUUUAUUCUUUUGCAUCAUAAUCGAACUAACGCUUGUGGAACGGUACGUAAAAGGCGAAAAGGCAUGCCAGUAAUCCAAAAUAAAUUAAAAACUGGUGAAGUGAGUUUUCGCUCCUCAAAGUAUUUAUUAGCGAUGAGAUGGUGUGAUAAAAGAGAAGUAUACAUGCUAUCCUCUUUCCAUAGCGAAGAAUUCGUUGAAACGAAACGUCAUUACCGGACUCGAGAAAUGAUUAUGCAGCCAAAGUGCGUUUUUGAUUAUAAUAAAUUAAUGGGAGCUGUUGAUAAAACAGAUAUGGUCAUCAGCACCAUUCACUCAGAACGCAAAGCAUUGAAAUGGUACAAAAAAUAUUUUUUUCACUUAAUUGACAUAUGCAUUUGGAAUGCUUAUUGUCUAUAUAAGUUAAAAACUGGAAAACAAAUAUCAAUGGCAAGCUUUCACCUAGAGUUAAUUCGUCAACUUUUAAGUCGUUAUCAAUCUGACAGUAAGAAUACCAUUGCAAAUAAAUCAGGGAAGACGAAUCCACUUCGCCUCGCUGAAAACCACUUCCCGUCGCUAUACACAAUUGAAAAUCCAAGAGGGAAAAAUCAGAUGCGAGUGUGUGUUGUUUGUUCAAGAAAUGACAAGAGAAGGAGAUCGCGAUACCAGUGCGAAAUUUGCAAUGUUGGCCUGUGUGUAACACCAUGCUUUAAAAAAUAUCAUACGCAGUUAUCUUAUUAG